AGAAAUAAUCAGUGACUGCAAGGAAAUUCAAACUAAAAAUGAAGAAAAUAUGGUUUUGGGAGUUUUAAGACAUUCUCGAACUUUUUUUGUAUGCUCUUAUUGUAUCUACAUGAGCGUUGUAGUCUUUUUCACCAUCACGUUUGCUGCCUCUUACAAUACAGGAAAUAGAAUACUUUUUCUUGCGUCUGCAUUUCCUUUUGAGGUAGAUAAAUCACCAGUAUUUGAAAUAAUUUGUUUAAUUCAAUUCUUUACAACUUUUUUAACGGGCUUCGGGAAUGCUUUUGUCGACUCUCUGUUUAUUACGAUGUAUUAACAUUUUGAAGAUAUUACAUGGCAGUGCGAAAAUUGACAUGGUACGAAGAGAUUUUAAGAGAUUUUUCAAAAUUAUUAGUAUAUAUAAGGAAAAAACAGGUCGAAGAACAGCGACGAAGAAUUUAGUUGAAAGAUACCAAAAUGCUAUAGAAUAUGCGCGGAAAAUUGAAUAUAUUUAUUCCUAUCAAUUAUUCAUCCAUGUCGUGUUGAGUAUGUUAGCUAUCUGUGCUACCGGAUUUACUGUUAUUGUUUUGUUACAAGAAGAUAGUCUGCAGCCGAAGGACGUUAUCAAAAUAAUAAAAUGUAUUAUGUUUUUCUUUGCCGCUUUUUGGAUAACAGGAGUCUACUGCGCUGGUGGGGAUUAUUUACGCUGUAAGGAGAGAAGAAGACAUGUUAAUAUACAAUUUCGUAUCUUCGGCAGAUGCUCGUCUGACCUGGGAUGA